UGAGUUAUACACGUGUCAGGUGACAGUACACAUCGGUGUUGCAUAUAGUGCUGUACUUUUUCUACGUUACUGGUGAUUAUGGCGAAGUUUGCCAGAUGGACUUGAAGUGUUGUGUAAAGAAUAUCAUUAACGUUGUAUCAAACAAAUUUAAUCAAGCAUAAAAUAUGGAAGGUCAACAGUUCUGUUUACGAUGGCAUAAUUUUCAAAACACGUUGCUGAGCUCUCUUCCAAAGUUACUUGAUGGUGGUUAUUUAACAGAUGUCACAUUGAGUGCUGGUGGCAGACACAUACAUGCUCAUAAAAUUAUACUUUCUGCUUGUAGUUAUUAUUUUAAAGAAUUAUUUAAGGAUUUGAGUUCUUUGCAACAUCCUGUGAUUGUGUUACCAGGGAUGGAAUAUGCAAAUUUGUGUGCUCUAGUCACAUUCAUGUACAAUGGGGAAGUGAAUAUUUAUCAAGAACAAUUACCUGCACUUUUGGCUAUGGCAGAUACUUUACAUAUUCGUGGGCUAGCCGACAUUGCUGGGAAAAAUACUAGACACGAUAACGGUAUGUAUGUUCAACCUCCACCACCGCAGUUACAAGAGAAAAUAUUAACUGAAACACCGAUAAAGAAAGAAAAUAAAGACAAUGUUAUGAGCGGUGGAGAAUCUUUAGAAACAGUCCUAGAAGCGGAAGCAGCUGAAAAUAUAGAAGAAUCGUUUACCGAUCCAGAAAGUAUACCGUAUUGCGUCAAAACUAAGCCAUAUUAUUCUAUUAACGCAAAAUUAAAUCAAAGGGAAAAAGUCAGUAUUCCAUCUGUUAAUACUUCAUCUAAUAAAUAUCCUGAGAAAGGGUAUUCAGAAGGUGGAAUGGAUGAAAGUACGCCUAUCUUAGAAGAUCAGAUUACGCCCGCAGAAGAUACGAAACCUCCUCCUGUAUGGGAUGCAAAUUUUAAGUUUCUUACAAGCUCCAUAAGCGGAAGAACUUCUCAGAAUUAUAAUAAAUCUAGUGUCACUUGCCUUAUCUGUGGAAAACAAUUAAGUAACCAGUACAACUUGCGAGUACAUAUGGAGACUCACAGUAAUAGUUCGUACAGUUGUACAGCUUGUUCCCACGUGUCAAGAUCACGAGAUGCGCUUAGGAAACAUGUUUCUUACAGACACCCAGUGGCCUCACCGCAAAAACGUUCGCGAUACAAUACACCAAAACCCUAGAAAUUCUUAUUCUUAUAGAUUAUGUUGAUUUUUACCAUGCCCUUGUUUUAGGAUACCUAUUUGUCUAAAAUGACGACCAUUGUGUUAUUCGACUUAAACCUAAGAAUUUUGUUAGUUAAAGAAAUUAUAAUCUUAAAGUGAGAAGUUAGAUAUAAAUUUCCCGUAUUUUCAUUAUUUAUUGUUAGAGUAUUUUAUUCGUUUAAAAAACGUGUUUAAUUGAGGAGAGAUCGGAUCAGUAUGAAAGUAUAUUGAUUUUUAUUAUAAAGUUAUUAAAAUGCUUCCUUAUUUAAGUGGUAUACUUUUUUUUAAUUGAAAGAAAAUCCAGUAUGAUGUAUGAUUUCAAGUAAAAUCAAUGAAAAGUGAAGCAGUAUAAAGAUUUCUUGCUUCUUACAAUCCUUUUAAUUUAAUAACUAAACACUGCAGUUAAAUACAAAAACUGAGAAACUGAUUACGUAAAAAGAAAAUUGAGAGAUAGUUUGGUACAAAACUUGUCUGUCUCAUCUUCUUUUAAACGAAUAUUCAGUAUACGACUGACUAAGAAUAAGGCAAGCUAUAGUAACACCUCAAUUAUUUUGUUUUUAAAUGUACAAAUAAAUUAAAGCGUGAUCACGUUCCUAGAAACCCUUAGUGUUCGAAUUGUUACUGUUUUCUUGUUAUCUUUAUGCUGUUUUAAUAAAGACAAAGUAGACAAUAGA